GUCUUCCCUUGCCCCUCACCUAACACUACUGCUAGCCUUGCGUCGAAGGGACCAAACCCGAAUGGCCAAAACUCAGAAUAUAUUCGAUUUCAAACCAGGGAAGCUUCGCCCUACGCGCUUACCCAACCCCGUAGACCUUUCGAUUUUGAAAGAGGAAAACCUCCGCCCUACCAUUAUCUCCCAAGAUAACUCGACAUUCCCUGUUUUUUCUUGAGCAACUCUCGAGUAACUUUUUCUUUUAAGAGAAUAAAGAAAAUCUAUAAACUGAUAAACAUGAUUCCUUAAAAACGCACCCAAUCUCUUUAUCUCUCUCUUUUUUUUUAGUUUAUUUCAAUUUUUUUUCUUUCUCUCUUGGUUUCUUUCUUUUUUUUUUCUCCCCUGAAAAACAGAAAAUUAGACCGAGAGAGAAAGAGACACAGACUCUCUUUUUGAUUGAUGGGUAUUCUUUCAAAUCUAAGAGGAUCAAGAACCCAACAAGGGUUGGCCUUAACUGAUGGGUCGCCACCUUCUGCAUCUGUUUCCAACAAGAAAAAAUGGUCAAACUUGAUGCCUUUAGUUGUGGCCCUUGUGGUCAUAGCUGAAAUUGCGUUUCUUUGUCGUCUUGACAUGGCAAAAAACGCAGCCUUUUUCGAUUCAUGGCCUGAGAUGUUCUAUAAAUCUCCUCCUUCUGGUGAAGUAGAGGUUCUAGCAACUCCCGUUACAGAGAGCUGUGAGGAGUGGCUCGAGAGAGAAGAUGCCGUGGUUUAUUCAAAGAUUUUGGCAAGGAUCCCAUCUGGUUUUCCUGGCGCUGAGCAAGAAUGGAAAACUUGUGCUGUGAGUUGUAAGUUUGGGUAUGAUCCCAGUAAGAAAAUUGAUGCUGCCUUUGGUUUGCCUCAACCACUUGGAGUAGCUAGUGUGCUGCGCUCAAUGGAAUCAGCUUCAUAUUAUUCAGAGAAUAAUAUUGCUCAGGCACGAGGGAGGGGUUAUAAUAUUGUAAUGACAACUAGCCUCUCAUCAGAUGUUCCUGUUGGUUAUUUUUCAUGGGCUGAGUAUGACAUCAUGGCACCAGUGAUGCCAAAGACUGAGACUGCUCUUGCAGCUGCUUUCAUUUCUAACUGUGGUGCCCGCAACUUUCGUUUGGAAGCUCUUGUUGGGCUUGAAAAUGCUAAUAUCAAGAUAGAUUCUUAUGGUGGUUGCCAUAGAAAUCGUGAUGGAAGAGUGGACAAAGUGGAAGCUCUGAAACGCUAUAAGUUUAGCUUGGCUUUUGAAAACUCCAAUGAGGAGGAUUAUGUCACUGAAAAAUUUUUCCAGUCACUUGUUGCAGGAACUGUACCUGUUGUGGUUGGUGCGCCAAAUAUUGAAGAUUUUGCUCCUUCUCCUGGUUCAAUUUUACAUAUUAAGGAAUUGGAGGAUGUUCAGUUAGUUGCAAAAAGAAUGAAGUACCUUGCAGAAAACCCUGAUGCAUACAAUCAAUCAUUAAGGUGGAAGUAUGAAGGCCCAUCUGAUUCAUUCAAGGCCCUUGUGGAUAUGGCUGCGGUUCAUUCAUCAUGCCGUCUCUGCAUUCACUUGGCAACAGACAUCCGGGAGAAAGAAGAAAAGAGCUCUGACGUCAAGAAACGCCCCUGCAAGUGUACCAGAGGAUCAGAAACCGUGUAUCAUUUAUAUGUAAGAGAGCGAGGGAGGUUUGAGAUGGAUUCUAUUUUCUUGAGGUCUGGCAAUUUGACUCUAGAAGCCUUGGAGGCUGCAGUGCUUAUGAGGUUCAAGUAUCUGAAACACGUGCCUGUUUGGAAGGAUGAAAGACCAGAAAGCAUAAGAGGAGGGGAUGAACUAAAAGUACACAGAAUAUAUCCUGUUGGGUUGACUCAGAGACAGGCUUUAUAUACCUUCAAGUUCAAAGGGGAUACUGAUCUUAGGAGUUAUAUUGAAAACAACCCUUGUGCUAAGUUUGAAGUCAUAUUUGUCUAGAUUGAAGGUUCCAUUAUCUCAACUUUUAGCACGGAAUGGAUUCCCAAUUGCAGCACUAUUUGCUGAAAUUAUUUCCUGGGAGGUCAAGGCAACCUCAUGUGGGUUAUUGCUUUCAUCAAAUGUUUCUUGUAAGAAUCCCAUGUUUUGUUUUACAUCAAUGAGCUGCUAGGUUUAUAGGGAAGAACGUGAUUAAAAGUUACUAAUGGCUCAAUUAGUGUUAGCUCACGACAGAAUGCAUCUGAUAUCUGACCCUUUUGAGUUAAGCUUCACAAUUCUUCCAAGCAUGCUUAUGUUAUUGGAUAAAGUAUUUUUGCUUCA